AUGAAAUUUAUUUCGAUAUUGGUACUUAUAGCAUUUCAUUGUGCUCCUGAAAUAAAAUCUUCAAACAUACUGAUUUUUGUACCUUCGCCUUGGAAGAGUCAUAUCGUGUCGUUUGAACCUUUGUUUUUAGAAUUAGCACAUCGAGGUCAUAAUGUAACGUUGGUAUCAAAAUUUGUCGUAAAAAAUCUACCGCCGAAUUAUACACAAAUUGUUCCCAAAUAUGAAUUUGAUUUUGAAGCAGUAACAGAUGCUGUGUUGCAAGACACUAACAAUUAUCAAUUUUUUUUUGAGGAAUUAUAUAUGCGAAAUGUAAUUGGUAUCAAUAUCACUGAAACUUAUGUAUCAUCUCCAGAGGUACAAAGGUUUAUCAAGGAAGAUCAAACCAAGUUUGAUCUGGUGAUCAUAGAAUCUUUUUUUCAAGAAUGUACAGUUGCCAUGGGUCAUAAAUAUGGUGCCCCAGUAGUUAGUAUUAUUCCGGUAGCUCCUUGGGUUAGCAUUUCUCGCCAUGCUGCCAAUCCUUCAGAUUUUUCUUAUAUUAAAGAUUUUAAAUUAAACGCUGGGAAAUCAAUUGAUUUCCAAAGUCGAUUACUUAAUACUUUAUUUGGUUUAAACGGUCUAUUUAUUGAACUAAUUACGUAUAUUCCACAACAAGAAAAGUUAAUGGAUACGUAUUUUCAAUACCCUGGAUAUGAAACCAGACCAUCGAUGACAGAGAUGCUCGAAAAUAUAUCACUUAGCUUAAUCGAUUCCGAUGUAGCAAUUCUAAGCCCUCGACCUUACGUUCCAAAUUUUAUCGAGAUCCCUGGUAUUCACAUUCAACAUAUAAAGACAAUGAGUAAGACCUUACAGAAUUUCAUGGACACAGCUAACGCAGGUGUUGUAUACUUAAAUUUUGGUACCAUAUUGAAUGUGACUAGACUACCAAAACAUUCACUAGAAGUUUUGAUAAAUGUUUUGGGACGACUAGAACAAAAAGUUUUGUUCAAAUGGACUAAUAACGACACCCAAGGAUUCCCAGAAAAUUUUUACGUCGACUCUUGGUUUCCACAGUUAGACAUUUUGAGGCAUCCGAAUUGUAAGCUUUUUAUUACGCAUGGAGGAGUCCACGGUAUAAUGGAAACAAUAGAUGCUGGAAUUCCGUUCAUCGGGUUUCCAGUUUUUGGGGAUCAGUUCCAAAAUAUAAGAAUGAGUCAAGAAAAUGGCUUUGGGAUUAUGAGUAAUAUUCAUACAUUGAACGAAGAGACUUUCGAAAGAGACGUUAAGCUAAUAUUGACUGAAAAGAGGUUUACAGAAAAUGCCAAAAGAAUGUCUACAAUAUUUCAUGAUAGACCGAUGUCAGCACUUGAUACGGCCGUAUAUUGGGUGGAGUACGUUAUUAGGCAUAAAGGAGCCCAUCAUUUACGAACUGCAGCAGUGAAAUUAACAUGGUAUCAAUAUUUGUUAUUAGACGUUAUUCUAUUUAUUGUUACGAUUGUAUUAUUAUUAAUCUAUAUUUGUUAUUUCAUUACUAAAUGUCUUAUGAGAUCAAUACUGAAAUUGUUCAUUAAACAGAAAACAGAUUAG